AUGAUCACCACAGACAAAAAGAAACUCCCUUCAGGAUAUUUAUGUCCUAAGGAAUGGAAGUCGUUCUCCUGCUGCCCCAUGACCACACUGAUUCCCUGGGUCAACGUUGUAGUCUUUGUAACUGUUACUCCACUGAACCUGAGCUUGCAUUCCACUUUGGUGCCGCUUUGGUGCCCUCCGGCCGGCUCGGCGGCAGCCCGGUCCUCCCUGCCGCCAGGGGGCGCCGUCUGCUCGCUCUCGCCGAUUCCCCGUCUGGGCCGGUCCCCUCCCGCCGGCUCCCGCGGCUCCGCGGCCCGCCCCCCCCCCCCCGCGCCCCUCCCGCGGGUUCGUCCCCCUUCCUGCCCCUCCUCGUCCGGGAUGUUGCUGCCGCUGCUGCGGAAUAGCUGCUUCCCUUCUUCCUCUCCCGGCGGCGGCGGCGGCAGCGGCGGCGGCGGCGGCGGCGACGCGGGCUCAGGGAGCCGGCCGGUGGGGCAGCUGCUGCACGGAGCCCGCGGGGCGGCGGGGCCGGACGAGGCGGGGAACAACGAGCCAGGGGCCGAUCCCCUGCGGCGGCGGCGGGAGGAGGAGGCGGCGGCGGGGCCGGAGGCCGGGGGCCGGGCCCGAGGGGCGCCUCCUCCGGGGAGCGGGCCGCGGACGGAGCGGGAGCCGUAUGUGUCCAUGGAUCGGGGGGCCGCGCUGCAGAGGCGAGGCGGAGGCCUGAGCGGGGGCGUCUCGGCCGCCGGCUCCCCGGCGCUGUCGGGCGGCCAGGCCCGCCGGAGGAAGCAGCCGCCCCGGCCGGCCGACUUCAAGCUGCAGGUCAUCAUCAUCGGCUCCCGGGGCGUGGGCAAGACCAGCCUGAUGGAGCGUUUCACCGACGACACCUUCUGCGAGGCCUGCAAGUCCACCGUGGGUGUUGAUUUUAAAAUCAAAACAGUAGAGUUAAGGGGAAAGAAAAUUAGAUUACAAAUCUGGGACACAGCAGGUCAGGAAAGAUUCAACAGCAUUACCUCAGCUUAUUACAGAAGUGCCAAGGGAAUCAUUUUAGUGUACGAUAUUACAAAGAAAGAGACAUUUGAUGAUCUACCAAAAUGGAUGAAAAUGAUUGAUAAGUACGCCUCAGAAGAUGCGGAACUUUUGUUAGUCGGGAAUAAGUUGGACUGUGAAACUGACAGAGAAAUCACUAGACAGCAGGGUGAAAAGUUUGCACAACAGAUAACUGGGAUGAGAUUCUGUGAAGCAAGUGCCAAGGAUAAUUUCAAUGUGGAUGAGAUAUUUCUAAAACUUGUUGAUGAUAUUCUGAAAAAGAUGCCUCUGGAUGUUUUAAGGAAUGAAUUAUCCAACAGCAUCCUUUCCUUACAACCAGAACCAGAAAUACCACCAGAACUGCCUCCACCAAGACCACAUGUCCGUUGCUGUUGAUUUGCUCCUUAGGGACAUAGUAAAAAAGAUUCUUGGGAAGGGGGAAGAGUAUCUGUUCAACUCUGCGCUACAAUCAUUCUGACAACUUCAUGUCGCACUUUGUUAUCCAAGUCAGAGCUCCACACUAACCUGUAAAUAUGCAAAUAUUUAAUCCUAUGUAGGAUUCAACUAUGUAACACAUUACACACAACACACACACACACACACCCAUACAUUUGUAUAUUUCCUUCAUUAUCUCAGUGUUAUAAAUAUUGUGUAGGCACUGGGGAAACUGCAGUACUCCUGAUACAAAGGAGUGGGAGAAAUGAAAUCUAUAAUACUACAAAUAAAUGUUUUAAUAGUUCUUGUCAAUUAUAUUAAAAUGGCAGAAAUUAUUCUGGUAUGAAGAGAGUAUUUGGUGCUUUGCUAACUAUUUUAAAGAUAAAUUUGUAAAACUGAAGAAUUUUUUGAAUAAAGCUUCCCUAAGUCAUGGUUUGUUUGUUUUUUUCUUUAUUCAAAAGACUUUUUCAGCUGUAGCAUCUUUGUAGCAUUGGAGUUGUUCUGCAGCAAAGCAAAAAUCCAUUUGAUUUCCAUCCUUUAAAAAAUAUUUAUUUAAUAGUAUGUUAAUAAUUAUAGCCUAUAACUAGAGUUAGAGAUAUUGGGCUUGACUUAGACCUAAGAGAACAAUAUUGCUGUCACAGUUCCUUAAUGAACAGACUGUACAAUAUACUUUUAAGAACCACAGAGUUCAAGUAAAAGAGAUGUAUUUGAAACUAUUACAGAUGUUAAAAUAACGCUGUUGUUCUAAGCAAAUCCUGUUUAAAGGAAUUUUUUGAAGAUACCUUUCCUAUAUCAAGGAACAUAUAUGUAUUUGCCUGAUAUCUUGAUCCUUUUUAAUGGUAGAAACAAACAAACCCCCCCCCUUUUUUUUUAAGUGAAACUUAAGUUCUGUCCAGCAUAUACUGUAUUCUAUUUUUUGUUGGGGUGGAUUGGGGGAGGAGUCUGAUAAUGAAUUUGUGAACUCUAUCUUUGGUAUAUCUUUUAUUAAGCUGCACUUUGUUUAGUUAAAGUAAAUAAGUAGUAACAUAUUUGAAUAACUUUGAGUGUCUUGAAUUGUCGUGGCAUUGAAAAGCAUUGUGGUCUUUCUAAACUAAUGAAGUCCAAAUAAAAUUUUGUAUUUAUGAAUGACAAUGAAAUUGCUGCCAUUAUUUGUGUUUAUUAUAAAAUGUGUAUAUAUAGUGAUGGCUAAGUGAAAGCAUCCUUUAUGAAGAAUAAAUUUUGUAUUUUAAAUAUGUUUUAUACAGAAAAGUAUUAGUCCUAGGAAGGACAUGGAUGUAUGCGCUAAUACUUCAAAAUAUCUGUAAUUGCAUUGAGUACUCCUUUCACCUAUAAAUAAACUUUACACCCAGCCACCCAAGAGAUUCUGUGGCUGAAAAAGUCAUCACUUGGUGGUCAACCGUGUUUUCUGGUUCAAGCCUACCUCCCCAGCCAUGUUACAGUGAGUACUCCCCCUCGCACACUCUCACCGCUGUUCCUCACAGAUAACACUCCAUUUCCCAUCUCCACACCUUUGCACAUGUUGUCCCCCUCAUGCCUGGAAUGCAUUGGCUCUUCACCUCUGCACUUAACAAUCUCUGAUUUCCUUUAAAGCUCAUCUUCAGUGCUGCCUUCUCUAAGGCUUUUCCUGAUCACCCCACUGCCAAUGCCUUCCCCCGCAAAAAGAUCAUGUACUUGUUUUGCAUGUUUUUGUAUGUACUUACAUGUGUACAUGUAAUGUCCUCUCUCUGUAGAAUGUAAGCUCUUGGAGGGCAGGAACUAUUUCACUUGUCUUUGUAACCCCAACACACUUAGCAUACUGCCUUGUAUAUAGGGAGUUAAUAAAUGCUUGUUAACUGA